UGUGUGUGUUGUGUACAUAAUAUUAUGUUUGGUAGUCCUACAACAAAAUAUAACUAUAGAUUUUUAACUUACAGUUAUCAUUAGUUAUAAUCUUAAACCAAGCUUAAAACGAUAAACUUCAGGAGCUACAAUUAUGGCAACUAAAGACUCUGUGGCGGCGCGGCCAGCCCUUCAAGAUGCCAGUAGUCGGGCAAACCAGACUCCCAUUCUUCCGCCGUCGGGCAAGAAGGCUACCGGACAACCUCCCGCUGCCGGACCUCCCGUGACCGAAGCCAUUGUACCGGCCCCGAAGGUCGCUGCUACCGCUGGCAAGAAACGCAAGUCGGAGACGUCGCUAGACGAUGACAUUGCCGCAUACAAGCAGGACCUUUCCCACAUCGAAACUGAUCAUAUGUUUAUGGAUAUGAGUUGUAAUCAAGUAAGAGGCAAAAUCAACAAGCUUUUGGAUAGCGACAUCAUGAAGAAAGGCGAGUUCUGCGAUGCCAUCGGCAGCAACUUUAGAAGCCUUAACUUAUUUCUAUCUAAGAGGGGAAGCAUGGAUGGGGCCGGAAGUUCCGUUUAUUAUAGCGCCUGGAAAUGGUUCAAACAGCGAGAGAUCGCUGGUCUCAAGAUGCCAGAUGUGAAAAAGCGACAGAAGACCGAAGCAGCCGCUGCCGCUAGGUCCAGUGGCGCCAGCAAGGUGACAGUGCCACCAGUUUCCGGGACGGAUAUUAGCAAUAUUACUCUACCUGGUGAAGAGACCGACUCUGUUCCAGUAUACGACACAUGCGACGAAGUUCGCAGGAAGAUCAACGCGCAUCUCAAAACACCGGGUUUGACCGCCGCACAGUUUUGCCGUGAUAUAUAUGCACAACUCAGACAGCCCAAAGGCAAAUGUUUCCAGUCGAAGCAACUGGCCGAUUUCCGUGGCAAGAAAGGUGCCAAUUCUGGCUGCACCAGUCCGGUCUUCUAUGCUGCUUAUGUCUACUUCGAGAAGAAACGGAUUGCCGAGGGCAAACCGAAGAAUCCGCAUCGACUCAAAAUGGAGAGCCUCUGGGCUAUGAGAGGGGGCUUUGACCGCGAGAAUGACGGACGAUGCACCUACAUAACUACAUCUACCAAGCCACUCUAUAUGGAUCAAUACGGACUAAUUCGUCCCAUCGAAGAUUAAACUGCAGUAGGCGUCCCCCCCUCUUUUUUUUUUACAGGUAACGAACGGGUUGUGAUACAGUAUGGUGGCCGAGCUGGGAAGUAAUUCUAAAGUUGGGAUGGUCCCUAUUAUAUACUAUGGAGGAUGGCAACAUCGUUGUAAAAUUAUAUCUUUAUUUUAUCUUGAUAUAGGUCAUUACAGCUAGAUGAGGUUGAAGAUGUCAAUCCGGUGACAAGAGUCUAACCUAGUAGGUUCCAAGGAAAGUAUCAUAAGCUUAAUAUAAAUGCCUUAAGAACCC